CGCAAACCAAAAGUCAGCUCAGUCCCGCGGCUUCCAUCCGAUGAGAAGUUUCGGGAGAGCCUUUCGAGGCAUCGACUGCCAAGAAAGCUGCGCUCGGAAGACCUUCGGGCUUCACUCUAAGAACGUUUCCAAAUGCCUCCGGGGCAGAAGAGGAAUGGCUUCCGGCAGAGGGCACCUCCUGUCCUCAAAUACUUGCAGGGUAUCCUUCGCAAAUACCCAGAUGGGGGUCAGAUCUUAAAGGAGCUGAUCCAGAAUGCAGAUGAUGCGGGUGCUGAAGAGGUGAUCUUACUUUAUGAUGACCGAAAGUUUGGAAAACAGAACCUCUUCUCUGAAGGGCUGGCAAGUGCCCAAGGGCCUGCACUUCUUGCCUACAAUACUUCCCAGUUUUCUGAGGAUGACUGGGAAGGGAUUCAAAGUCCAGGUGUCAGUCACAAGGAGGACGAUCCACUCACUGUGGGACGAUUUGGCUUGGGCUUCAGUUCAGUCUAUCACAUCACAGAUUUCCCAUCUAUACUCUCUGGUCAGUGCCUGGGAGUGCUGGACCCACAGGAAGCAGCCUUAAGUGAGGGGGGUCAGCUCUGUAGUGUGGAUGAAUGGGAAGAGGCUUCGGAUCAAUUCGAACCAUUCUGGGCGGUACUGAAAUCGCUGGGCAAGCCUUGCCCAGCUACUGAGGGCCACUUCCCUGGCACCUUGUUCCGCUUCCCACUGCGACAGAGCCCCUCAAAGAUCUCAGAAAACGUCUACAGUCCGAAACGUGUGAAGGAGCUGCUGUUCACAUUCCUAAAUGAUGCCCCCAUUAGCUUGCUGUUUCUCAGGAACAUUCGGAAAGUGACACUGGGCCUGAUUGAAUCCAAUGGCACGAUUCGUGAGCUGCUGAGAGCUGAAGCCACUAUCUAUCCAAUUGUGAACUCGGAAGUCAGCUCAGGACUCCCUCCUGACAUCGUUCUCCAUGUAUCAGACUUUCCUGAUGAUGUCACUGCUACCAAAUUGGACAUGGUUGCUCACAUCAAAACCCUUGCUUUAUGUGGCACUGGAAUUGGACAGGCCACCAACUGCCACUGGCUGGUCUUAUCAGCUGAAGCCAAAAAGGAUGCCUUCCCGGAGCUGUGGGAUCUCUCCACGAAGGUGUGCUCUAGACCAGCUCAGUGCUUGGCGUACUGCUUGCAAGACAAGUGUCCUGGGCGCCUCAGCUGUGUCUUGCCACUCCCAGCCACAGAGGAGAACAUGACGGGAUUGCCACUGCACAUCAGUGCCCCUUUCCAGCUGACAGAUGACCGGAGACACGUGCAGUGGUCUGAAGAAGGGUCCCACGCACGGGGAGCUGAUGGCCGGUGGAACUACCUGCUUUUGGAAGAGAUGCUGCCCCUUGUUUAUUGCCAGAUGGUGCUGCUGGCUGCUGGCUAUCCCAGUGACCCCUACGGGGCAUGGCCAGACCCAGAUGAAAGCCAGCAGCUCCGGUACAAGCCAUUAGUAGCUCAGAUCUGCCAGAGACUGCUUGACAUGCAACUCUUGGUGCAGGCAGGAGGUGGGAAUCCUCACCUGCUCUAUCCCCGUGAAGCUGUCCUCUUGCCAGAAAAAGUGACCCAUGAGCCGGCGGCUGUGGUGCUGGAGAAGGCUCUCGUGUCAGCAGGGUCACUGGUCGCAGCUGCCCCUCCCCAUGUGCGCAGGGCCUUGUCCUUGGGCACCAACGAUGGGCCAGCGGUACGGGAGGCUACAGCACAGUUCGUGAGAAAGACCUUGCGCCACAGUGAGGGCACCUGGUGUAGACUCUCCGUGUCGGAGAAACACUUGUUGUUGGAAUACUUGACUGGAGAUGAGCACUACCAGGAGCUGGAAGGUCUGCCGCUUCUGCCAACAGCCAGCGGGCACUUUACCUGCUUCGGAGGUUCUGGAGAGACCGUAUUUGUUGAGAACCAUCACUUUCCCCGGAUCCUUUUGCCUGGUUUGGCUCAACAAUUUCUGCCCAAGGAUCUAAACCCAAAGCUGCUGAAACAUCUGCAAGCGAUCGCAGAAAAAAUGAUAUUCGGGAACUUGGUCUCCUUGGAUCGAAGCGUCAUUGAGCAGAACCUUCGCAGAUCUCUUCCCACAGACUGGGUCAGCAGCAGUUCCGGCCAUGUAGCCUGGAGGCCACAGAAGUACCCACAGCAACCUCCACUUGAGUGGCUUGAUGCUUUCUGGAAUUUUCUGAAACACCACACGCAUUCUCUGGCACCCUUCAAUGGAUGCCCAUUAAUACCACUGGCUCCUCUGCAUGAGUCCCUCAGUGGCAUCCAACUGGCACGGCUUGUGCCUCAGACUACCCUGCUGUUUCAGAGCCACGAUGGACGUUCCUUGCCAGGUGACGUGGGCAGCAUUCUGGAGACCCUGGGGUGCAGUGUGAUCCAGGGCUGGAAACCAGGCUGGGUCCACCACGAACUCAGAAAGUACAUACUAGAGCCCACUCCUUGUGGUGUCCUACAAGCUUUUGCCCAUUUGGGGGUUGCCUCCGUGGCUGGCCACCUGGCGUCCCUGUCCACUAGUCAGAUUGAGAGUCUGAGCACUUUCCUCUCAACAAGUCCAUCACUUUCCCAAAAGGAACUUGACACCCUGAAGGAAUUGCCACUGUUUGUCAAGAUGCCUUCCCUCCUGCCACCCGCCAGGCCUGGCUUGGUGGCUGCCCAGUGCCACUUGGCUUUGGAGAAGAGCCUGGUGCCACCGGUGCCCACAGAUCUGUUGACACCAGAGCCUGUGCUGUUAUGUCGUAAUGAAGCUGAACGCCGCCUACUUGUGCAAAUCCGGGGAAGCCUCCUGGAGGCGCCAGACCUAUGCCUGCUGUGUGUGAAAGCAAUGAAGAAGGGGGCAUAUGUCAACCAGACGCAGAAGGCCAGGCAGCUCAUGCUGUGGGUGCUACGCAAUGGGAACUCUUUGUUCAGUCAGAACCUGGAAUUAAAAACCGUAUGCUGCAAUCUUCCAUUUUUGGACUGCGGAUCAGGAACAUUGCGCCUGCCCAGUGAGCUUUAUGACCCAGACAAUCCCACGUUGCGGGCCUUAUUAAAACCUUGCUGUUUUCCUGUGGGGCCUUUUCAGGAACCACAAGCAUUGCAGACUCUUCGUAAGCUGGGGCUGAAAUCUGAUCUGGGAGCUGUCUCUCCAGCAGAUCUCUUAACUGCUGCAGAGGAAGUGAAUGAACUACAGGAGACUACAACAGCCAGUGCCAAAUCACAGGCACUCAUCCAGGUCUGCAAUGAGACCCCUCUGCUAUCACGCUUCUCUUCCCAAGCACUGGAGCAGCUGCGGUGCCUAUCCUGGGUGCCUGCCACCAACUCCUCCAUGCUUUUGGCAGCUGAGCACUUCCUGGCACCUGAAUCACUUCGCUCAGAGAAGUAUGCACCUCUUGUGGGGCUGGUCAUGGGACUGACAAAUGCUUUUUGCCCAGCAGCGGCAGAAAAACUGGGUCUGGAGUGCUUGCCUCCACCAGAGAAGGUGAUGGAGAAUCUUAUGUGCCUGGUACGAGACUAUCGCCUUUAUGAGACACUGGUGUUAACUUCAAAAUUGAACAGCAUCUAUCAGCACAUGCAAGAGCACCUGAGGGACUUCCGUAAGCCACCUGCAAGCCCUGCGGUGUGGAAUGGGAACGGUUUCUCGUCACCUUCAGAUGUGGUGCUGACCUCCCCUGAUGGCUUGGACCUUGGGGGCCUGAUGUCACAAGUGCCCCCAAACUUCCAACGUUACAGCCAGCUCUUUGCACAGUGGGGAGUUCGACAGUCACCCACAGAAGAGGAGGUGUGCCAGGCCCUUCAUAAGUUCGCAGAUCAAAUCAACAGCCAACCACAAGGUGGCACACAAGCUGAACUGCUCCUUGUGAUAGCUGUCUUGGACUGGCUCCGUGAUUGUGGACACCGUGGAGAACAGGAAAUGCCUGUGCCUGUGCGGAUUCUGGGAUUGGCUGGUUUUGCUCUACGCCCUGCCAGUUCAGUGCUGUACUGUGAUAUGGAUCGGACACGGCUUGAUGAGCUGGAUGGAGACCCACCAACUCUGGUGCAUGAAUCUGUUUCUUCUGCAACAGCUGCUUUUUUUGGUGUGGAGAUGCUGAGUACACAGUUGUCCGGCCUAGAACUGUUUGAGGCUUGGGGUCCUUCAGAGCCCAUCACCCUCCGCAUCCGUAAUAUCCUUCGUGAGUACAGCCAGGAUGCAGAUGUGUUUCUGGAAUUGCUUCAGAAUGCGGAGGAUGCCGGUGCCCAGACCUGCCGUUUCUUAGUGGAUCUCCGGCAGCACAGUGGCGCCACAGAAGGACUCCUGGACCCUGGCAUGGCUGCCUGCCACGGACCAGCACUUUGGGCUCAGAAUGAUGCAUUGUUCAGUGACGCCGAUUUCUUAAACAUCACCCGACUAGGUGCAGCCACCAAGGAACGGCAGGGCAACAAAAUCGGCCGCUUUGGUCUGGGUUUCUGCACAGUCUACCACGUGACUGAUGUGCCUUCUCUCCUCAGUGGCCGCACCGUGCUCAUCUUUGACCCCAAUAUCACCCAUCUCCGGAAGCACAUUCAUGGCCAGGCCAGGCCAGGCAUCCGUUUGAAACUCACUCAACAAGUUGCCACAGCAUUUCCUGAACAAUUUCGGCCCUUCACGGGCAUCUUUGGCUGUCAAGCUGGGGAAGCUUAUCAAGGCACACUCAUACGCCUCCCCUUUCGCACUGAGCAGGAGGCAAAAGACUCUCAGAUCAGUAGCAAGCCCUUCACAUCCAAGCGAAUCGGGGCACUGCAGACUGGCUUCCAGCAGGUGUACCAAUCCCUGCUGAUUUUCUUGCGCAGUGUACAGGAGGUGUCACUGGCCCACCUCCCAAGUGGUUCCUGUUUCCCAGAAGAUGCCCAACCACUGGCCACGGUGUGCAGACAAACACUUGAUGAGAUGGGUGCUCCCAGUAUUGUGAGACUGACAGCAACAUGGGAGUCAGAUGUGCGUACCAGUCAUUACCUGCUGCACUCAUGCUCGGCGAAGGGCGAAGCCCAGGAACUGUUCAAACAGGGAGGAGGAGAGGGUGUCCAUUUCUCACCCCCAGUCGCUGGUGUGGCCCUGCCCCUCUGCCCAGCGUCCACUGCUGGACGAUGGACCCCAGCUUUAGAUGACUUUAAAGGCCAUGUCUUCUGUUCUUUGCCCCUUCCUAUUGAAACAGGCCUUCCGCUGCACCUCACAGCAGCCUUUGCUGUGCUUAGCAACCGCAAAGGGCUUUGGGACGCCACUAGGAAGGGCCAGUGGAACAGGGCACUCCUUCGGGAUUCAGCACUGCAAGCCUGGCUUGGGGCACUGUCUCGGCUCAGGGACAUGGACAGAGAAGGAUUGUUGGAGAACUACCAGUACUACAUUUUCUGGCCUGAUCUGCACAAUGCCAAAUAUCCUUUCAGCGAAACAGCCAAGGCCUUCUACCAGGCAUUAGUCGAUGGUGUUGAUGGGGAGCAGCCUGUUUUAUUCUCCGACGGACAGAGAUGGUGUCCAGCCCGAGAUGCCUGCAUUUUGGAUGCUGACAUCAUUGCUGAGAAACAGCUGAGUCCAAUUGCUGCCCGCGUCUUCUCUUCACUCUUGCCAGAGCCACAGAUCGCAGUGUCACUUCCCAACUGGGUGGAGAUGAGUUUCAAAGAAUGCAUCAAAUCAGAUGAGCUGCGGCCAAAAACCUACAACUGGGUGCGAUUCCUUCAAGAGCUUGUUCUGCCCAAUCUGGCUCUGCUGGCAGUGCCUGAUCGUGAUACCUUGGUUCUUCAUGCCCUGGAUAUGAAAGACGCUCGUGUGGACGAGAUCCUUACCAGCCUGCCUUGCAUUCCUACCACUCCACACAAAGCACUGAAAAAUAUUAAAGAACUCAUACACCCCAAAGGCCGUGUUGCCCCUCUCUACACCCCGGAAGAUGGCCACUUCCCCAUGGGAGACGGCUUUCUGGAACCAGAAAGGCUGUUGCGCUUGACGUGUCUUGGUAUGGCCCAAAAUCGGGUGGCAGUGGAGAAACUGAUAGAUCGAGCCAGAACUGUGGCAGCUUUGUGGCAUCAUGAUCAAUAUAAGGCCUGCCAACGAGCCCACCAUAUCCUGGCUCUCCUUGAAGAUCAUCUGCAGGAAAGCUUGAGCAAUACAGUCCAGGUCAUUUUUAGAGAGAUCCCCUUCUUGCCCGCAGUACUUCCAGGUAAUUGCCACAAACUCUGCUGUCCCAGUGAGAUUUAUCAUCAUAAGAUGUUUCCACUAGUAGGUUUGAUUGAACCUGUGCUGGAGAAGGAUAAAGGCUUGAAGCUCUCCAAGGAGCUAAAGGAGUUCUUAGGCCUGAAUCGCCAGCCACCAGUUGCUACAGUGCUAGGGCAGCUGGAGGCAGCCUCACUGAGCUCCAACGCCCUGUCGAGGGAGGAACUGGCCCAGAUAGCGCCCAAGUGCUAUGCCUUCCUGGAUGAGAUGGUGAAAAAGCACCCUCAGUGCCGCAGGGAGGUGUCCCAGAGGGCACAAGCAUUCCCCUUUGUGCUGGUGGGCACUCGCUUUGUGCCUGUGUGCCUUGUGGACCGUAACCUGGCCUUUGAUGGGGCUCCAUAUCUCUACCGGCUGCCUGAGGAGUACCAGCACCUACAGGAGCUGUGGAAGUGUGUGGGGCUGCUUAAUGUCUUUGAAGUAAGGAACUAUACUGCUGUCCUGCAGAAAUUAGCCAUGGAAAGGGCUGAGCAGGCUCUUUCGAAAGAGCAGCUGGAGCUGGUCAAUAGGCUGAUCACAGUGGGCAUGGCUGGAGUUUUGCCAAAAGAUCAGGUCCUGGAUCCUUAUGAGGCUCAGAACAUCUUUUUCCCAGAUCGAGACCAAGUCCUGCGUCCACUGCCCAAGCUGCUCUUUGACGACACGCCAUGGCUGCCACGCAAAAAUGGGGCCCUGUUUUGCCAUCCCAUGAUUCCACGGGAAAUUGCCCUGUGCUGCGGCAUCCCGACUACAAAGCAUCACCUGUUGUCACGCCAGCGGAUCCAAGGCCUCUCUCCCUGGGCCACAGAGUUUGGGGCCAAGGAGGAUCUCUGCACCCGCGUGGCCAACAUCCUCCGUGACUACUCCUCUUCACAGGAUGUGCUGAAGGAGCUGUUGCAGAAUGCAGAUGAUGCUGGUGCCGGUGUCGUCCAUUUUCUCUGGGAUCUGCGUCAACACCCAACCGAACGCACCUUCAGUGAGGAAUGGAACCAUCUCCAGGGCCCGGCCCUUUGCAUCUACAAUGACCAGACCUUCCAGCUGAAAGACAUCGAAGGGAUCCAGCGCUUAGGCUGUGGUGGCAAAGGCAAACGGCAGGAUGCUACUGGAAAGUAUGGGCUGGGAUUCAACACAGUUUUCCACUUGACUGAUUGCCCUGCCUUUGUGACAGGGGACAGCCUUCUAUGUGUUUUUGACCCCACAUUGCGCUACUUGCCUGACUCUCACGAGGCCUCGCCUGGUGCAAAGUACAGCCUCACUAAAGAUUUCAAAUCCACCUUUCCGGAUGUUUAUGAUGCCUUUUUGCCUGAUGUGUUUGAUUUGGAACAUGGCACAGUUUUCCGGUUGCCCCUACGUACUCCUGCUGGGGCAGCAGCCUCCCCAAUCUGCCAGAACGCAGUGUCUGAGGAAGAUAUGAAAAGACUGAUCCAGACUCUUGUGGAAGAUGCAGACUGCCUUGUGAUGUUCCUCAACCAUGUUCGCUCUCUGGUCUUCUCUGUGAUCAAGAAGGGAGAACCACCAAAGGAGAUUCUGCGAGUGGAGACUGAAGGUGGUGAGUCGGAAAGACUGGAAUACCAAAAACACCUCCAAAAGGCUGCUGCAGCAGGUGGCAUGGAUGAAGGCAAGCCAAGAAGAGUUUUUUACAAAAUGAAGGUGAACAACAACUCUGCUGAGGCUCCCAGGAACUGGCUGGUUGGUAGGCAAAUUGGGGUGGAGAGCACAGCAAUGAGACAAAGCAUGCUGCUGCCCCAUGGUGGUGUGGCUGCUUGCCUCACUGAACAGCGACGCGGCAGAGCCUUCUGUACGCUGCCACUGCCGGUGCAAACAGGCCUCCCCAUCCACGUCAACGGGAAUUUUGCUGUGGACUCGGGACGGCGUGACUUGCGGAAGGACAGCAGUGAAGGCAGCACUGACGCGGCGUGGAACGACUCACUGCUGCGGUGCCUCGUGGCCCCACUGUACUGCCAGCUGCUCGAGGAGCUGCGCCAGGCUCUGGGAGGUGCACCUUUGGAGUUCUCCUCCAUGAGGAAAUGCCAAGAACGGCUCCAUCAAAACUAUCUGCGAUAUUUCCCAUUGGUGACAGAGGAUGUUGCCCCCCACUGGCAGAGGCUGGUGACACGUGUGUAUGAAUUGGCAUAUGAAGGGCACGUUCCAUUGGUGCCAGUAUACCAAAAGCAGAUUAAGUAUGUCUUGCCAUGUAGAGUAGAAACAGUGAGUGUGUGCUGGAGUGCCCCCAAAUUAGGCCACCCGGCCAGAGAUCCCUAUUUCUGGGAGUCUGAAAUAGAUGAUUGCCUAGAGGGGACUCUUCAGGAUUUGGGCAUGCUUUUAGUCCCUCCCUUCGAACACUUGCAGAAGGUCCGCAAUCAGUUUGUCAAGGCAGAAAUUGCUGUCCUCACACUUGAUGCCCCUUCCCUCUGCCACUUUCUCAAAAGCCUGCCUAGCUUCUACCUGCCCUGCCCACUUAAAGAAGCACCCAUAAAAAGCAGUAGCGAAUGCUCUAAUCUCCUCAACUUCUGCCUCCGUGGGCAGGUUUUGGAGGAUGUGAGCUGUGUGGAAGGUCUCCCGUUACUGGUGACACGGGAUAAAAUGCUGCAGUGCUUCAGUCAGCAAAAACCUGUAUACCAGAGCAGUAGUUAUCAUCUUUUCCCACAACACCAGGACUGUUUCUCUGCCUGCCAAAUUAAUGAUGUAAAGGCAAAGGAGGGGUUAAUAAAGACAGGGUUCCUGAAGGAGUUUACACUCUCUGAGUCUGUGAACUAUAUUCAGGAGAUGCUGAUAAGGGAUGAGUGGAUCACUGCUACUGAUGAAGGCCAGAAGUGGCUAAAGGAGCUGUGGAAAUUCUUUGAGAGACAGGUCUGUAAGUUUAAGGAUGAGGACACAAACCAGAUGUUUGAAAAGCUAGUGGACCUCUUCAGAGGCUACAAACUGCUACCUGUGAGUGGCUGCAAUAAGCUCUUGGUUUCCUUUGAGACUCUGCAUACAGUCAUGCCUGAUGACUCCAGAGACAUUUCUGACAUCCUCUGCAAGCUGGGUUUUCUCAAGAUAGACUCCUCCCUUCUGCCACAAAAGCUCACCAGUUCUUGCAUCCAGCCACGACUGUUGAAGAGCAAGGAUCCUGCCGUAGUGCUUGUGCAACUGGCCACACAUGGUAGCCUGUGCUGGGAUAAGCUCAAACCAUGGGAGAUGAGCAGAUUAACAUGGUUCCUUUGUGAAGACCUGAAGGUGUUGCAGUGUGACCACCAAUUAAUAGGCAAGCUGAAAUCCUUGCCAGUGUUUGAGAAUACUCAAGGAAAGUAUGUUCCACUGACUCCAUAUGAAAAUGUGUACCGUCUGCAGUCUAAGAUUUCAGAUGAGUCUAAGAACUUGAAGGAGCUUUAUGAGGUUGAUAGAAAGACUGUUUUGCUGAAAGACAACUGCCUGCAUCAACAUCUCAGUGCGUGCUUGGGGAUUGAUGUGAUGAAUGACUUGCAGCAGUUCAUGCACCAGCUCUUGCCUCGUCUCCCCUCCCUCCCUGAAGCCCAUGUACUAGAAGCUGUGAAGCUAUUGCUCACCAUUAAGAAUCUUUAUUAUGGAGAGUAUCAGAAAGUGAAAGAGAAAGUGGUGCUGCACUUCCAGUCUUUCCCCUUCAUCCGAGACCACCAGAAUGAGCUGCAACCUGUAUCCUACUUCUAUGAUGAGCAUAAGUCACUUUUUCAGACCCUGGGGUUGGCAUCUCGGUUUGUGCCAGACAAAUUCUAUAUGUCAGUGGGGCCAGGCAAUAAAGGGGCUGUGGAACAAUUCUUAUUAGACGUAGGCCUGCAGACCAAACUGACCAAAGAAGAUUUUCUGAUGUGUGUUGCUCGAAUUCAGGAAGAAGCAUUGCGGGAUGGUGCCAUGUCCGGUGAUCUCCCUCAGAGAAGGGAACUGCUCUUGGAGCACCUGCUUUCCUGGCCAGAUGAAGCCCUGUCAGAUGACUUUCUGAAAAAAGUAUCCAGGAUCCAUUUCCUAGUGCCACAGAGUGUUCCUGAAGAUCUGCGUCACCUUCACCACCCAUAUGCCCCACAUGAUUACCCAGUGGCACCCCAAGGUUCUGUGUACCUUGCGUACAAGGUAGAGCUAAUCUGGACUUCAGCAGUCAUUUUUCCUUUUUGCAAAUAUCUGGACAAAAAGAGAGAAUCCAUUCUAAAACUACUUGGGGUUCUCUGCACUGUUCCAGCACAGUUGGUUUUGAAGAAUCUGAGCAAUGUGUGCCAGGCACCAUGCAACGAUUUGAAAGCAAGGAAAACCCGGGCACAGGUUCUAACGUCAAUAUAUAAGUAUUUGUCAGAACAGAAAGAGAUAGAGACUGGCUGCCUAAAAGGACUUCCUGUGGUACUAGUGGAUGAUGAUGAGGUAGCAGAAGCCCAGAAUGUGGUGGUUUCCUUAAAAAUGGCUGUUUUUUUCCGACCAUAUCUCUACAAGCUGCCCCCAAAAUUAGCUGUCUAUGAAGAUCUCCUGGAGAGAUUUGGAGUGCAAGAAGAACCAAGCAUCCAUCACUUUGCCAGUGUUCUGGCCAGGAUUCAUGACGAAACCAUAAUAAAGGGCACACUGCAUCCUAAUCUCACUAAAACAUUGUGCAGGGCCACUCAGUUUCUCUUCCAACUCUUAGAUGAGGCACAAAAGCCAGUGGAUUUUUCAGAGCUGAAGGAAUUGUACCUGCCUUGCACUGAUGGGAAGCUAUAUCCAUCAAACACCCUUGUAUUUAGUUUCUGCAAAUUUGUCCAAAACUCCAAGGCUUUGCAGAGCACGUUUCACUUCCUGGAGGACCUCUCUGUAUGCCAUCUUGUCCAUGACAGGUAUAAGCAGUGGAAACUUCUACAGCUGCUGCCUGAGGCCUUGCGCCCCAGGAACUUAUUGGACAUCAUUGAAGAGCAGCUGGACAAGUCUUCUCUGAAACUGUGCCCCUAUGGAGAACACUGUGAGUUGCAGAACUGCCUCAAAGAACUCCUAGUUUCUUCUGAGUUCCGGUAUGCCCUAGUUGCGCUGCUGAAAUCGCAGAACAAAAAAAAGGUAGAGGGGAGAGAUGAGGUCGAAUGCAUGUGUGAUGGGCUCUUCUCACCACAGCAUCUAGAAGUGGUUUGCUGUAAAAAGUUGUGUACUGUGAUGGUGCACAACUCACAGUCUUUGGAGGGUACUCAGUGUGACAAGGUUGUGCAUGUCGCAAAAAUGACACAGGGAAAGCAGCAAAUUUACCUUGCACACCAGGAGAGAGAUAAUGUAGCGAUGGUCACCAUCCUAGCCGGGGAAAUUAAUAACUGCAUAGGAAGAAGACUUGGGAAUGAUGCCCUGCUAGUCCUUGUGCAGAUUUUGGCUUGCCAAGAACCUCAGGAAAUUGUUGCAGUGCUACAGAGAAACAAAGUGCCAGUGUAUCAGCCUCCAAACCAAAAUGCUUACAACCUGCCUUCUCCUGGAGAGGACGUCCCUGAGGAAUGGUAUGACAGCUUGGACAUGAAUAUCCUCCAUACUUUUCUGCCAGGAGAUUACGUGGGUUAUCUGGUCUCUUCCCAGCCCAGAGAGCAUUACGUUUAUGCCGUGAUCCUUGAAGCCCUUGGGCCACGGCAGAGUGGUGCUGGCCAAGUGCAUAUAUAUCGUGUCGAUCUGGGAGAAGGGCAAGAAGCAGAAGUCAGCACCUACGAUCUUUACCACUUUCAGAGGACCAGUCCAGCCUCUGACUUGAAUAAAGCUGUGGUCCUGGCAGAAAGUUCCCCUGGUGCUCCCAGUAGUACAAACUUUGGCACAAGUGGUGACUGGUACCAGCGGCCACUACAUGAGGUGAAGAAAGAACUGGAUAUCCACUUAGCUGAAAUUUGGAGUCUGUCAGAAGAAGAAAAGAAGAAGGCCUUACGAAGACUCUAUCUGUGCUACCACCCAGAUAAAAACUUGGGUCAUGAGACUUCUGCUAAUGAAAUCUUCAAAUACCUUAAGGAGAGUAUAAUGAAGAUGCAGGAGGGGGAGCAGAAUAGUUCUAGCAGGAGGCACAAAGGUAAUAGUUCCUACAACAGCAAUUUCCAGAACUUCUCAGAGUCCUGGGCAGAAUGGGAUGGGCAGGCUCAUUGGCACCAUCAGAAGCGUGAGGAAUUCACUAGACAAACAAGAGGUGGUAGAGGAGGGCAACCCUUCAGGUAUAACUUCUGGUCAUUCCAUCAGAGUGCACCAAAUCGUUCAGGGAAUCGGUCAACGCGUGGCUGCCCGAAGGAAGCCCCUCGCUGGCUUCGGCAAGCAGAGUGUGAUCUGCAGGGGGCAGCCAGUGAGGCUGGAAGUAGCAGCCCAGAGUGGCUCCUUUACAAGACUUAUCGGGCAGUGGAGAAAGCACUGACAGCUGUUGUGUACCACCAAGGAGGCCACUUUGACAAGAAACGGUCUCUUGAAAUGUUGGCUAAUGAGGUGGCAUCCUAUGGAGAGGCACUGGCCACACUUCCUGACCAAGUUGCUGAGCUCCAAGAGCAUGGCAUGGAUGAUAAGGCCACUCAAUAUCCCCUCUACCACAAUUUCCCCACCAUUCCCAAUGAGGCCUUCCCCAAAUGCAAAGAGCAGGCUGUGCUACUCUUAGCUCGGGAAAUCCUAAACACAGUGAAGAGGUGGCUUGCCCAGUCAUGAGAGUGGAAGAUUCUUGUUUAUUAGGCCAUCUGUAUAUGUAGCAGAACAGAACCUGUAAUGAUGAAUCAUUGGGGACAAUUUUUUCAAAAGGGUUUUCUGUUGAAAAUAUAUAUUGACCCUUAAAAUAAGAUUUCUAGGUCAGGCAGAGAGGAGGAUGGUGAUAUUUGUAAAAGUGGGGUUAGAUCACCAUUGCUUAAUAAAGACACUUUGUUACCUGCCUUCUGUUGUUUUGUGUUAACAAACAUUUUCAUUAAGAAA